AUGGUAUUCAUCAUAGCAAUUGGCGACCUCCACAUCCCACACAGGGCUCACACCAUCCCUCCAGAGUUCAAGAAGCUCCUUGUCCCAGAGAAGAUCCAACACAUUCUGUGCACUGGUAACCUCGUUGGAAAGGAUGUUCACGACUACUUCAAGCAGCUCACCAGUGAUGUACACAUUACCCGUGGAGACUUGGAUGAGAACACUUCAUACCCAGAGACAAAGGUUAUCACUAUUGGACAGUUUAAGUUUGGUCUCUGCCACGGACACCAGGUCGUUCCAUGGGGUGACAAGCAAUCGUUGUGCGCACUCCAACGCCAACUGGACGUCGAUGUCCUCAUCACUGGACACACUCACAGCAUCGAGGUAUUCGAACAGAACAACAAGCUUUUCGUCAAUCCAGGCACUGCCACUGGAUCAUUCAGCAAUAUAACUCAGGAUGUCAUUCCAUCAUUUGUGUUGAUGGAUGUUCAGGGCAACAACAUCAGUGUCUACAUCUACAAGUUGAUCGAUGGUGCCGUCAAGGUCGAGAAGGUUGAUCACAGCAAACAAUAA